GAGCCCAGCCACUAGACGGCGCCGGUCGAGAUUGUUCCGUACACGGCGGGGCUGGAGGUCAGAGUUCAACGUUUGACAGAAAGCUGAACAUGGAUUCCAUAUUUCACGAGAAACAAGAGGGCUCCCUUUGCGCCCAGCACUGUCUUAACAACCUGCUACAAGGAGAGUAUUUCACUCCUGUGGAUCUAUCCUCAAUUGCUCAUCAGCUCGAUGAAGAGGAGAGAAUGAGGAUGGCAGAGGGAGGUAUGGCCAGCGAGGAGUACAGGACCUUCUUACAGCAACCAUCAGGAAACAUGGACGACAGUGGGUUCUUUUCCAUACAAGUAAUUAGCAAUGCUCUUCGAGUGUGGGGCUUGGAGCUAAUCCUCUUCAACAGCCGCGAGUACCAGAGCCUGAUGAUAAAUCCAAUAAAUGAAAAAGCCUUCAUUUGCAACUACAAGGAGCACUGGUUCACUAUACGCAAACUUGGACAACAGUGGUUUAACUUGAAUUCCCUUUUGACUGGACCAGAAUUGAUAUCAGACACCUAUCUAGCCCUUUUCCUUGCACAGUUACAACAAGAAGGGUAUUCCAUAUUUGUGAUCCGAGGAAACCUUCCCGAGUGCGAAGCAGAGCAGAUUCUUGGAAUCAUGAGGGUCCAGCAGCAGCAGCGGCCCAGACUAAUUGGAGAAGAGGAGGCCCAGACUAGUUCAGGCAGGUCAGUUGCUCUGGGCCAAUCAGAGAUGGCCUUUGGUGUGGAGGAUGAAGUUGUGGAUGAAGAUGAAGAACUGAAGAGAGCUUUAGCACUCAGUAGACAGGACAUAGAUGUGGAAGAUGAAGAAGCUGAUCUUCGCAGGGCCAUACAGCUCAGUAUGCAAGGAGCAGUUAUGAGCAACAAGUCUUCAGAGUGUGGAGUGGGAAAUGUAAAAUCAGGGAGCCAGGCAGCAGGAAGUGCUGCAAGAGAACAGAGAGAAGGCCAGAAUGAGACACUUACAGCUGAGGAACUGAGGAAGAGAAGACAAGCCUACUUCGAUCGGCAGCAGCAACAAACUCAGACAAACAUUCCUCAACCAAAAGAUACUCAACCAACUGGAAGCUCAGGUUCAGUAAACGCUGGCUCUGAAGGGGACCAACAACCAAAGCCCAGCCAGUGAAGUUGUGGAAGGUUUGCCUGUAUUGUUUACCAGCUGCCUGGAUUGGCAACCCGGUACAGGGUUAGCUUUUCUCCCUCCUCUAACCUUUUGCACAUGCGGACCUGAGGACAGUCAGAAGGCUGACAGUUCACCCCUGGUUAGUUCACUGACUAUAAAGGCUAUAAAGAAGAGGCAGCACUUAAUCCGGCUCAGUGAAGUACUGAGAUGGGGAAAAGAUUGACGAGACUCAUGAUGCAGUUAAUCCAAGUUUGCAAUUGCCUUUUUAACCAUGGCGCCUUCUCUUUCUAUUGUAUACACUUUUGUAUUCUU